AUGCCCUCUGUUUCGUGUACGCUUGCAUACAUCUACUUGCAUGACGGUUGUCUGGACCAUAGAACGCGUCUUUUAAAAGAACGCGCUCGUCGUUUAGCUGAAGAGCGUUGUGGCCUAACAACUACUGAUGAGGAGACCCUAAGUGAGCUCCGCCUGGGCGCUGUUCGCCACCAUCGCAGGGACGAAUCGGCCCGGAGGCGACGUCAGACAACAGUGGUUGUCCCAGCAACAGGCCGAAACCAAGUUGCCACGCCGCAAUCGCCAGUCCCAGUCAUCGGCAGUGCCAACGCGAGUAGAUCAAGGGCAACAAGAAAUGUCUCCGGAACUGCUUCCGCCGGUCUUACGACAAUGCUAGAGGAAAGGGAGCCAACAGAGCCAAGUCUGGCGUCUCUAAUCCUCGAUGAAAAGACGGUUGGUAACGCCCGAGUGAGUAGUCGUGCCUAUGCAAAACCGGCUCAAAAUUCGACCGAAAUGAUAAAAAAUGGUCAUGUCUUAACCCCCGAAGGACGUGUAAAAGAGCAUCGGACCCCGAAUAGCCAGAAAAAUCUGGUC